AUGAAAGGCUUAAUCAUUUCCGAUGAACAUUUGGCGUUCAAGCAAGUGUUUGAGAUGCUUGGAUCUGUCGCAAAUAUUCCCAUUCAUUUCCGUUCUUCUUCUCACUCAACCUCCAUAAAGGACGACCAUCCUCCAGAACAUUCACAUCAAUUAAAUCCUUAUUCCGAUCUGAAGGCUUUUCCAACCUCUGAGUUUCAUUAUCACGAACAUCCGUAUGUCCAACUUCCUGAACGUAUGAAAUACCUUCACGCAAGUACAAUUGGAAGAUAUUUGGCAAGAAAAGCCCAUCUCUAUCCAAUGGACAAUGACAAUGAUGCUUGUCUCUCAGACGAAUAUGUCGAAAUGAUCAGCGAGUGUUUGCAGCAACACUCGGAUAUUGAGACUACUCGCAAGCUUUUUCAUUAUUUUGAAUCCAUCUUAAUACCUGAAAGAGAUGCUUGUUUGGUGGGAGGAAAGCUCUCAUGGGCUGAUCUCUACUUGUGGGGCCUCAUUGAUCGAGAGUACAACAAGUUUCUCUCUCUCCACCAAGACACCUCUCUCCAUCAUCAUAAGGUCUCUUCGCCCAUCAAGGAAGGCCCAUCUUCUUCUUUGGUGGUUCUACCAAAUAUUCCAAAGGGACAACAACAACAACUGUCAGAGUGUGUGGUGGAUUUCACCUCUCUGGACAACAUUCGUAUGGUCCAUCUUUUGGUUCCAAAAAGGUUAGGAAAUAAAGAAUUCCGCUAG